GGGCCCGCUCGGGUCUCCGCGGGCUGCAUUGGGUUCCUGCGGCUGUCAGAUUCUGUGGUUCGGCCCUGGGGCUUGGUGGCCCUGGGGGUGGACUCUCCCCGGGACCAGACUCACUUCAGUAUCUGCCUUUGGGAAGCCGUGUGAAUUCCUCGGUCUCCUAGCAACGAGGGACUGGGCCGUGGUUUCGGGAGCCGCGGCGCCCGCCGGAACCCCCGGGCCUGGCCCAAACGGUAGCCAAAUCCCGGAGCUCGGAAGAAUAAGCAGGAAAUGGCGGACGAGGCGUUAUUUUUGCUUCUCCAUAACGAGAUGGUGUCUGGAGUGUACAAGUCCGCGGAGCAGGGGGAGGUGGAAAAUGGACGAUGUAUUACUAAGCUGGAAAACAUGGGGUUUCGAGUGGGACAAGGAUUGAUAGAAAGGUUUACAAAAGAUACUGCAAGAUUCAAGGAUGAGUUAGAUAUCAUGAAGUUCAUUUGUAAAGAUUUUUGGACUACAGUAUUCAAGAAACAAAUCGAUAAUCUAAGGACAAAUCAUCAGGGCAUCUAUGUACUUCAAGACAACAAAUUUCGUCUGCUUACUCAGAUGUCUGCAGGAAAACAGUAUUUAGAACAUGCAUCUAAGUAUUUAGCAUUUACAUGUGGCUUAAUCAGAGGUGGCUUAUCAAACUUGGGGAUAAAAAGUAUUGUAACAGCUGAAGUAUCUUCAAUGCCUGCCUGCAAAUUUCAGGUGAUGAUACAGAAGCUGUAGAACGUACUGAAAUGCAAGGCUUCAACAGUGUAAAAAGAGAAAUUAUUCAUGUAUAAAGUAUUUCAAGUAACAAUGAUUUAAUUACAAUGUUGGACAUUUGUAUGAGAGUACGGGUGUAUUUUAUCAAUUCAACACAGACCAACUCAAAGCAGAUAAAGGAACAUCCUCCUGUGAUAAACACUUUAUAGAUACUAUUUAAAAUGAAAACCUGAUUUCAAAUAUCCAGACACCAACAUAUAAGACCCUUAUUUUAAAUAUUUUUAUUUGGCUAUAGUGCUAUAUAUUUAACCACAGAUGGAGAAGCAAAGCUCAGGGUUUGUUGAAUUCGCACGAAGAAGAAAAAUAUGCACCGACAGAAUCAUUUGUUAAGAAUGAACAAAUUUUGAUAAAGUUUGAAUUUGUUUUAGUUAUUUAAAAAAGCAAACAA